GCGCGAGGGCAUGCAUCACGAGGCGAGCCACGUACCGCGCGUACCCGCCGACUCGAUCGCGUCCAUCCGCAAUGUGAUCCUCGAGUCGUCUUCGGUGCGCGAGGCCGUCGCGGCCAAGGCGGCAGCCAACCCGAAGCUUUCUCGGCACGAGAUCGAGGCCGAGGCGCUCUCGAUUCUGAACCGCAUGGCGUCCAACAUUGACUACUCGGCCGCGCGCAAGGCGGGCUGGCUCCUCCGCAAGGUGUGGCGUCACAUGUACGACAAGAUCGUGGUAGACGAAGCCGGCCUUGAGGCGAUCCGCAACCUCGUCAAGGUCCGCGAAGGUCCGCUCGUACUCAUCCCGACGCACCGCUCGUACAUGGACUUUCUCAUGAUGACGUACCUCUUCUUUGCGUACAACAUCCCGAUCCCGUUUGUGCUCGCGGGCGAAGACUUUCUCAAUAUGGGUGCGAUCUCGGACCUGCUGCGCAAGGGUGGCGCGUUCUUUAUCCGCCGGUCCUUCAAGAACGACCCAUUGUACUCGGCCAUCUUUACCGAGUACACGCAGUACUUGCUCGGGAAGGGCCACACGGUCGAGUUCUUCCUCGAGGGCACGCGCAGCCGCAGCGGCAAGCAACUGCGCCCUCAGUUUGGCAUGCUCUCGACGAUCGUCAAGAGCUUUGAAUCGGGCCGCGUCAAGAACAUUCAUAUCGUGCCUGUCACCAUCGACUAUGACAAGCCCGUGGAGCUUGGCGUGCACCAGAAGGAGAUGCUCGGUGAAGGCAAGAUCAAGGAGUCGCUCGGCGCGCUCCUCAAGUCGGCGCAUGUCUUGCGCAAGGACUUUGGGUCGAUCUCGGUGCAGUUUGCGCCCGCGAUCCACGUCAAGGAGUUUGUGGCCGCCCACGCCAAAGCCGACGUCCGUGACUCGGUGACGAACGAACCGAUCUCGCUCGUGACGGACCUCGCGUACGCAGUGACCGAGUCGCUCGUGCAAAAAGCCACGUGCACGCCGACGCACCUCGUCGCAACGAUCCUCCUCCUCUUCCGCAACGGCAUCUCCAAGGAGCAGCUCGUGGCCCAAACCGAUUGGCUCCGGUCGCAGGUCGUGCAGCGUGGCGGCAGAGUGCUGAGCUGCCAAGGUCGCAGCCGCGUCGCCAUUGUCGAGCGGGCGCUGGCGCUGCUGGAAGAGUUUGUCGUUUGGCGCCGGAAGGACCUCGUCGAGCCUGCCAUCACCAACCGCGACCAGUACCAAAACAUGAUUGGGCUCGGCUACUACCGCAACAAGGUACUUCACUGGUUCAACGAAGAAGGCGUUUUGGCCUGCGCCUACCAAGCGCUCGCCGCCAACGGCAGCAGCGAGGUAUGUUUACCUGCGCGCCCAACACAACCGCUGCACAAUGCGCAGGGCGUGCCCACCAAAGAACUGCUCGACAGCGCCGUCUUCUUGCAUGAAAUGCUCUCGAUCGAGUUUGUCUCCAAGUACUACGCGGACGGCCGAGCUACCCUCGAAAAGACACUCGCUGGCAUGGAAGAGCGCGGUAUCUUUGCGUCGACGUACGUUAGACAUAUAAUGUUGUUUUCGGCUCAAUCGCGCUGUAGGGUCCACACGAUGACGCCGACGCCGACGAGCCAGUCGAUUCAAACGCUCUUGUGUGCGGCGAUUUGGCCCUUCAUCGACAGCUACUGGGUCGCGGUCGCGAGUUUGCUCGUGCUCAAGUCGGGCGACGGUAUGUCGCCGAGCGACCUCGUACGCCGCAUGCAGUGGCUCGCCGAGACGAUGUACCACGAACGCAUCAUUGCGCACUAUGAGGCGUGCUCGCUCGAGACGCUCCAGAACGCACUCGCGAUCCUCGAGCGCUGGAGCGUCGUGCACAUGGUCCAAGAGCCCGCCAAGACUCGCGGGGCCACGCCGCGGACCCUCGUUCUCCUCACGGCGCGCUACCACGACGGCAAGGAACUCGACGUGCUGGCGCGGCGCCUCGCGACCUUCCGCAAGGUGCCGCUGGGCGGUCCCAAGUCGAUGGACAUUGCAGACCUCCUCGCCGAGAUCCCGGGCCUCGCCAAGCUCUGA